CAGCUGUUGUAUGUAGUUUUUGGUCAUAUCUGGUCCCUCUACUGAUAGCUAAAAACAACAGACCCAUCCGCGACGCUCUUGCAGCGUAAAAGCAAUACAAAAUAAAAUUCAAUAAAUGUACGACGCUCUGGAACGAUGCCCGGGCGCCUACUGUGGACGUUCGCUGCUGGAGAAUGACACCUGGAGCAGCUGUGGUGUUUGCCCCCGAGGGUCGCGGGUAAACGAAAGUUUUGCUUGUUCGCCUUGCCGCGACGAGUUGACCACUUACUCCUGGCUGUACUUGGGUUUUAUGACCAUGCUGCCCCUGAUGAUGCAUUGUUUCUUCAUCGACAUGGAUGCCAAAGAUCGCAAGUUUUCCCGGAAGCAGCUCAUAUUAACCGCCAGCGCUUUCAUUGAGGUGGCCUUGUCCGCAAUUCUUGCGACUUUGUUCAUGGAGCCUAUGUGGGAGCUCCGGUUGUACGCCUGUGAGGUGCGCAAGCUCACCGACUGGUAUACGUUGUUUUACAAUCCCAGUCCCAACUACGAGACAAGGGUCUACUGCACACAGGAAGCAGUUUAUCCACUACAAACCAUAGUGUUGGUAUUCUAUUUUCUGUGCCUGUUGAACAUGUUUCUCAUCCGCCCCGUGGUCAGCAAGUUGACGGAUGUGGGCGGCAAAAGCAAGGCACCUAUCUACUCCGCUCUCUAUUUUUUACCGCUGCUAACUUUUAUUCAUGCCAUAGGCUGCGGUUUAAUUUAUUACACCUUUCCAUACCUAAGCGUGGCCAUUUCUAUGGUGGCCAAUGCCAUUCACUAUUCCCUUAAGCUUGACCAAACCUUGAAGAGUCUCGUUUGCUCAUCCGUAUGGGAAUUGAAGAAUGUGGUCAUCAUAACUGUUCAUUGGCUGCUGUUGGCGUAUGGCAUCGCAUCGCUGAACUAUCAUUAUGCGUUUCUGUGUCUGGUGCCCUUUCCAACGCUCUUCUACAUUCUUACAGUUCGCUUUACAGAUCCAGUUGAGUUCCGGGAACUAGAGAGGAGUUGAUGCGGCGACAUUCAAAUGCAGAUCUUCCAUGCCCGGGGCACUAGGCGAUCGACUGUUGUUAUCUAUGUGUAGUGUACGCGUCAUUUAAUUUAUUAAUACUUCGUGCGUAGCUGAUAUGCCGGCCUAAUCCGAUUCAACAUAAAUAUUUUCCAAUUAAAAUUUUGUCUCAUAGUGAUCAUAAACGUCCUCUUUCAACCAUACAAAAUGUAACCAAUUGUGUUAAGUAUUGGAAAAGAUAAUCGAAUGUAGCCGUUGACAUCAACAAACAUCAUUCACUCAUCGUUCUUUUUGUUUUAAUUAUAUUUCACAUUAUAUUUCAAUUAUACACAUAUAGUAAUAUUAAAUACAAAUCAUCAGUUUCCCAUCUCUAAAAUAGUUUUUACACAAUAUAUAUUGCUACAUAUUGAAUUUGGAUGCCGCUCUACGUUCACAUUCAGAUCCUUCGUACCACACGACGUAUUAUUACGUUCGUGUUUCAGUGUGUGUGAGAGUUGAGGCCGCAUCUUAGUCGUCUUUGUGGUCAUCGUCGUUAUAUUUGCGUAUAGUAAAAUAGAAAAUAACAAAAUCAAGGGUAGAAGCCAGCGGAGAAAGAGCCAGUUUAAAUUAAAAUCUAUACCAUCCAGACAGUAAAAAAUGUGAUGAACGCAA